GACAGUUUUUGAGGGUAUUUAAAUCUGAUGAUAAUGCUGUUGAAGACAGAUGCUACAAUAGGUAUGUUGAUAGAAAAAUUCACAUUAUCUUCUACUUUAGGCACCGUGAAAGGACGCAUAGCGAAUCCAUCUUCUAUAUGUAUCGUUACAUUGGGACAUAUGUUUGCCUCUUAUCAAUACUCAUUACCUGCAACUUAAAUUUCAUUUUCCAACACGGAAAGUCGAAUUUUGCAACUGCAAAUGUCCUUUUUUCUGCACCUCAACUAUCGGUUGUUACUGGUCUCAAAGCUCAUGCUUUGUUCCUGACAAUUCACGUGCAUCCCAGCGCGUCACCUCGAACUUGUUUCAAAUCCAUCAUGAAAAUCAGAGAAUAUGUUAAGCAAAUUCAUUUCAAUUACGAAUCCAAAAUAACACAUGAAAUUCUGUACGGUGUCGGUUUUGGAUUCAAUUUCUUCAGGAAUAUUAGUCCAGCUACACGACAUAGAGAAUUCGAAAACUUUGAGUAUCGUGAAAGAAUAGGAGGUCUUGGUAAAUUGCCUAAUACAGGUGGUGAUAUACUUGUCCAUGCAAAAAGUGAUGAUCGUGGCAUGUUGUUUGAAUUGGCGAAGUUGAUUAUCUUUGGUAUGCCAUCUGAAUGUGUGGCGAAAUUUGAAGAUAUAUACUCUUUCCUUUAUCGUGGUGGGCGUGAUCUGGGUGGAUUUGUUGAUGGUACGGAGAACCCUAAAAGAUUGAGAGAACGAGUUGAUGUAGCUGUCAAUAAACGAACCGGAGGAAGUUACGCUGUUGCUCAGAGAUGGGUUCACAAUAUGACUUUGCUGCAUAAGACCGGAUAUAGCACAUUAGAACAGUGGAUCGGUCGAACAAUCAAAGAUAGUAUUGAACUACAAAAUAAACCGGAUACAUCACAUGUUGCUAGAAUGGUUGGAUCUGAUAAAUUUCAAGCGAAAAAGAAAUAUCGAAUUGUUCGACAAGCUCAACCUUAUGGUUCAUUAUCAAAAGAAGCUGGUCUAUUUUUUAUAGCUUAUGCAGAAGAUGUCAAGAAUUUCAAUUUUAUGUUAGAUCGUAUGACUGGUCAUGCAGAUGAUAACAAAACUGAUCGAAUAAUGAUGUUUACACGUUGUGUCACUGGAAAUUAUUAUUAUUUUCCUGAUAUUAUUGAAUUAAAUCAUUUAAUUCGUGGACAUCGUCAUAGAUAUGUAAUUAAUGUGUAAUGCAGUGAUCUGCAUAUAUAUAUACAUAUAUAUGUGUGUGCAGAUAAAUUAAAAAGUACAUUAUUUCCC